CUGCUUUUUCUUGUGUACGUGUGGGGUGAGGGUGAAGUUAAAAUGUGAUUAGAAAGGACUCAUUGCUUGCAAAGGAAGAAUAUUGAUUUUUAAUGUAAUUUGUGUCCAGUCCAGACAGUAGAAAUUGACUUUUGCUUCUGUUCAUACUUCAUAGCAGUUUGGUUUUGCUGAUUUUUAAAGGCCCGAUGAGAGAAAGGGAAAGUUAAGGAUGCUGGAGCAGAACAAUGGAUUUCUCUUUCUCUUUCAUGCAAGGGAUCAUGGGAAACACAAUUCAGCAACCACCUCAACUCAUUGACUCCGCCAACAUCCGUCAGGAGGAUGCCUUUGAUAACAACAGUGACAUUGCUGAAGAUGGUGGCCAAACACCAUAUGAAGCUACCUUGCAGCAAGGCUUUCAGUACCCAGCUACAACAGAAGAUCUUCCUCCACUCACAAAUGGGUAUCCAUCAUCAAUCAGCGUGUAUGAAACUCAAACCAAAUACCAGUCAUAUAGUCAGUAUCCUAAUGGGUCAGCCAAUGGCUUUGGUGCAGCUAGAAACUUUAGCCCCACUGACUACUACCAUUCAGAAAUUCCAAACACAAGACCACAUGAAAUUCUGGAAAAACCUUCCCCUCCACAGCCACCACCUCCUCCUUCGGUACCACAAACUGUGAUUCCAAAGAAGACUGGCUCACCUGAAAUUAAACUAAAAAUAACCAAAACUAUCCAGAAUGGCAGGGAAUUGUUUGAGUCUUCCCUUUGUGGAGACCUUUUAAAUGAAGUACAGGCAAGUGAGCACACGAAGUCAAAGCAUGAAAGCAGAAAAGAAAAGAGGAAAAAAAGCAACAAGCAUGACUCAUCGAGAUCUGAAGAGCGCAAGUCACACAAAAUCCCCAAAUUAGAACCAGAGGAACAAAAUAGACCAAAUGAGAGGGUUGACACUGUAUCAGAAAAACCAAGGGAAGAUCCAGUACUAAAAGAGGAAGCCCCAGUUCAGCCAAUACUGUCUUCUGUUCCAACAACAGAAGUGUCCACUGGUGUUAAGUUUCAGGUUGGUGAUCUUGUGUGGUCCAAGGUGGGAACCUAUCCUUGGUGGCCUUGUAUGGUUUCAAGUGAUCCCCAGCUUGAGGUUCAUACCAAAAUUAACACAAGAGGUGCCCGAGAAUAUCAUGUCCAGUUUUUUAGCAACCAGCCAGAGAGGGCAUGGGUUCAUGAAAAACGGGUACGGGAGUAUAAAGGUCAUAAACAGUAUGAAGAAUUACUGGCUGAGGCAACCAAACAAGCCAGCAAUCACUCUGAGAAACAAAAGAUUCGGAAACCUCGACCUCAGAGAGAACGUGCUCAGUGGGAUAUUGGUAUUGCCCAUGCAGAGAAAGCAUUGAAAAUGACUCGAGAAGAAAGGAUAGAACAGUAUACUUUUAUCUAUAUUGAUAAACAGCCUGAAGAGGCUUUAUCCCAAGCAAAAAAGAAUGUUGCCUCCAAAACCGAAGUUAAAAAAACCCGACGACCAAGAUCUGUGCUGAAUACUCAGCCAGAACAGACCAGUGCAGGGGAGGUGGCCUCCUCACUCUCAAGUACUGAAAUUCGGAGACACAGCCAGAGGCGGCACACAAGUGCGGAAGAGGAAGAGCCACCUCCUGUUAAAAUAGCCUGGAAAACUGCGGCAGCAAGGAAAUCCUUACCAGCUUCCAUUACGAUGCACAAAGGGAGCCUGGAUUUGCAGAAGUGUAACAUGUCUCCAGUUGUGAAAAUUGAACAAGUGUUUGCUCUUCAGAAUGCUACAGGGGAUGGGAAAUUUAUCGAUCAAUUUGUUUAUUCAACAAAGGGAAUUGGUAACAAAACAGAAAUAAGUGUCAGGGGGCAAGACAGGCUUAUAAUUUCUACACCAAACCAGAGAAAUGAAAAGCCAACGCAGAGUAUAUCAUCUCCUGAAGCAACAUCUGGUUCUACAGGCUCAGUAGAAAAGAAGCAACAGAGAAGAUCAAUUAGAACUCGUUCUGAAUCAGAGAAAUCCACUGAGGUUGUGCCAAAGAAGAAGAUCAAAAAGGAGCAGGUUGAAACAGUUCCUCAGUCUACAGUGAAGACUGGAUUACAGAAAGGUGCCAGCGAGAUUUCAGAUUCCUGUAAACCUCUAAAGAAAAGGAGUCGCGCCUCAACUGAUGUAGAAAUGACUAGUUCAGCAUACAGAGACACAUCUGACUCCGAUUCUAGAGGACUGAGUGACCUACAGGUAGGCUUUGGAAAGCAAGUAGAUAGCCCUUCAGCUACUGCAGAUGCAGACGUUUCUGAUGUGCAGUCCAUGGAUUCAAGUUUGUCGAGAAGAGGCACUGGAAUGAGUAAGAAGGACUCUGUAUGUCAGAUUUGUGAAAGCUCUGGUGACUCUCUGAUUCCUUGUGAGGGAGAGUGCUGCAAACACUUUCACCUAGAGUGCCUGGGAUUAACAUCACUCCCUGAUAGCAAGUUCAUCUGCAUGGAAUGUAAAACCGGACAGCACCCAUGUUUCUCGUGUAAAGUGUCUGGUAAAGAUGUGAAGCGUUGUUCUGUUGCUGCUUGUGGGAAAUUUUAUCAUGAAGCCUGUGUCCGCAAAUUCCCCACUGCCAUCUUUGAAUCAAAAGGAUUCCGCUGUCCUCAGCACUGCUGCUCUGCCUGCUCUAUGGAGAAAGAUAUCCACAAAGCAAGUAAAGGCCGCAUGAUGAGAUGUUUGAGAUGUCCAAUUGCCUAUCAUUCUGGAGAUGCUUGCAUUGCGGCCGGAAGCAUGUUAGUAUCCUCCUACAUUCUCAUCUGUAGUAAUCAUUCCAAACGGAGCAGUAAUUCUUCUUCUGCUGUAAAUGUAGGCUUUUGUUUCGUUUGUGCCAGAGGGCUGAUAGUUCAGGACCAUUCAGACCCCAUGUUCAGUUCAUAUGCCUAUAAGUCCCACUACCUACUGAAUGAAUCAAAUCGUGCUGAGUUGAUGAAAUUACCUAUGAUUCCUUCUUCGUCAGCUUCCAAAAAGAAAUGUGAGAAAGUUAUUAAGACUGUUUAUUUGUUUCAAGGUGGAAGAUUGCUCUGCUGUGAAUCGUGCCCAGCUUCCUUCCACCCGGAAUGCCUGAGCAUAGAAAUGCCAGAAGGCUGCUGGAAUUGUAAUGACUGUAAAGCUGGCAAGAAACUACAUUACAAGCAGAUUGUUUGGGUCAAAUUGGGAAAUUACAGAUGGUGGCCAGCAGAGAUCUGCAAUCCCAGGUCUGUGCCACUGAACAUCCAGGGUCUUAAACAUGACUUGGGGGACUUCCCUGUGUUCUUCUUUGGUUCUCAUGACUACUACUGGGUACACCAGGGCAGAGUGUUCCCUUAUGUUGAAGGAGACAAAAGCUUUGCUGAGGGGCAGACUAGUAUUAACAAGACCUUCAAAAAAGCACUGGAAGAAGCUGCAAAACGUUUCCAGGAAUUGAAAGCACAAAGAGAGAGUAAAGAAGCCCUAGAGAUUGAAAAAAACUCAAGAAAACCCCCUCCCUACAAACACAUCAAAGCUAACAAAGUAAUAGGAAAGGUGCAGAUCCAGGUUGCUGACCUGUCAGAGAUUCCCCGCUGUAACUGCAAGCCAGCUGAUGAAAAUCCUUGUGGCUUGGAAUCGGAGUGCCUGAACAGAAUGUUGCAGUACGAAUGCCACCCGCAGGUGUGCCCAGCUGGAGAUCGUUGUCAGAACCAGUGCUUUACAAAGAGACUGUACCCUGACGCAGAGAUCAUCAAAACAGAGCGGAGAGGCUGGGGCCUCAGGACCAAAAGGAGCAUUAAGAAGGGUGAAUUUGUAAAUGAAUACGUCGGUGAAUUAAUUGAUGAAGAAGAAUGCAGAUUGCGAAUCAAGCGAGCCCACGAGAACAGUGUAACUAAUUUUUAUAUGUUAACUGUUACCAAGGAUCGUAUAAUUGAUGCCGGCCCCAAAGGAAAUUAUUCUCGCUUCAUGAACCACAGUUGUAAUCCCAACUGUGAAACACAAAAGUGGACAGUGAAUGGAGAUGUUCGAGUGGGACUAUUUGCUCUCUGUGAUAUUCCUGCAGGGAUGGAGUUAACAUUUAAUUAUAACCUAGAUUGUCUGGGCAACGGCAGAACGGAGUGCCACUGUGGGGCAGAUAACUGCAGUGGUUUUCUAGGAGUGCGGCCAAAGUCGGCAUGUGCGUCAACAACUGAAGAGAAGGCAAAAAAUGCUAAGUUAAAACAGAAGAGACGAAAGAUCAAAACAGAACCAAAGCAGAUGCAUGAAGAUUACUGUUUUCAAUGUGGAGAUGGUGGAGAGCUGGUCAUGUGUGACAAAAAAGACUGUCCCAAAGCAUACCACCUCCUAUGCCUUAACCUGACUCAGCCACCAUAUGGAAAGUGGGAGUGUCCGUGGCAUCAGUGCGAUGAGUGCAGCAGUGCAGCUGUUUCCUUCUGUGAGUUCUGUCCACAUUCAUUUUGUAAAGAUCAUGAAAAGGGAGCCCUGGUUCCCUCCGCACUGGAAGGCCGCCUCUGCUGCUCGGAACAUGACCCCAUGGCUCCUGUGUCACCAGAAUACUGGAGCAAGAUAAAAUGUAAAUGGGAAUCACAGGAUCAUGGAGAAGAAGUAAAAGAAUAAAUGUGUGGUGUCCCCUCCUUUCUAUUUAAGUGAAAAAAGCAAAUAGAUCAUGCAUUUAAAAAGAAGAGACUGCUACAGUGCAUACAGCCUUUGCCAUCGGAACUGCCUUAUUAAAGCCAAAAUGGGAAACCAGUUCAUGCAGGCAGAAGCAGUUGGUGGUGUCUGGUUUUUCUGUUUUGUUUGGUUGGUUUGGGGAUUCUUUUGUGGAGGGUUAAAUUCCCUUGGUCUUUUCUUGCCUUUUAUUGUGCUUCAAUGCCAUUGCAGCUUGAAAAAGAAAUGUUUUUUGCUUUUAAAAUAAGAACAAAGAGAAAAGAAAGUUGUGUUAAUGAGAUAAAUUUAAAGUCUAAGAUGUGUUCCUUGGUUGUAUAAAGCAAAAGUAGCCAUCAUUCCUUUAUUUAUUUUCAUUUUUAGGAAUUUCAAGAAGUGUAGUUCAAUAGUCUAAUCAAGUGUGUGUGUGUUUUAAGUAGGAAUCUGAGAAAGCCCUCUAGGAAAGGGUGUGAUAAGCUUUAUAUACCUCUUUACUGAGCAGUAGGUAGGCUCACUUCUCUUUCCCUUCAGAAUGCUUUUCAUAGACUUAGAGAAGGGCUCUAUGGAAGUAUUAAAUCUGGCCUCUUAAAAACAA